CUUUAUAGAAGUAAUUUAUCGACUUAUAUUCUUCAGUGGCACUUAGUUUGAGGCAUUUUUUUGGUAGUCGCCUGCAUAAAAUCCAUGGAGGAGUUAACGACACAAGUCCAAGUACCUGAAUUGUCAACAUUGCGUUUUCAAUUAAUUAGGUCACAAAUGGUAAUUUUGCGCAAACUUGUAGAAAUAUCUAAUUUUGCCGAGGUGUCAAGUUCACCUCUAAAAAUCGUAAAACGAGCGGAACUGCAAUCCCAGGCGCGGUGGCCAAGUGGUAAGGCGUCGGUCUCGUAAACCGAAGAUCGCGGGUUCGAACCCCGUCCGUGCCUUGGACGAAUCGGAACGUCGAAGGCGUUUUUUUAAAUGGUAGGUGCUAUUUCGUUGCUAAGUGACAGAAUGUUUUCAGAAUCUAUUCAUAGAGUUAAACGCAUUAUGUUUAAAUGUAAAUCUUUUGCUUCAAGAUUAAAGAACUAGUGGUUGUUCUGUUGCAUUGUUUGAAAAGCAGUGACUCAUAAACAGGCAACAUGUUUUUCAAAUAACGUCAAUCAUGAGCCCCAAAUUUUGUCAAAAAGCCCAAAUUUGAUCAACCCGCCCAUUGCACGUUUCUCCCAACCCGCGUUUGGAAUUGGCAUUCGUGUUGUGGCAAUUUACAUUUGUGUUUUUUUUUCAAAGCGUUUAUUUAGACUUUGAAUUUCGCCUGAAACUUCUCGGCCACCGUACCGAGUUUAACUAAAAUUAUUGGGCACAAGGACCCAGAAAGGGAAGCUCACAAAUGUAAUACCGUGUACCUUGAAGGGGUAACAUUUUUCAAAGGUUGUAAGGUAUUAUAUAGUUAAUUUUGAGACGUUAAAAAUCGUUUAGAAACUAUUUCAUUUACUCGAAAUUGGGCUGUGUGUUAGUCGAAAAAGAUUCGGCGAAUUGAGUGAAUCUAGGACCCUGAGCAGAAGGAAACCAAAGACUUUACCAAGAUGGCGGACCAAAACAUGGACGUUGUCAAGCCAAAGUUUUGCAGCGAAUUAUUAAGCCCUUCUGACCUGUUUUCAGCUCGAACUCGGAGUCACAAGAUCCCGGCUGUUGGUCAGAAAGACUUCUACCCGGAUGACUCCGAAGAGCAGCGCCAACGUCUGGAGCAAAGUCUGAGCGAGCACUGGAGCCUUGUGUCAGAGGAGCGAGUUGAGAGGCUAGGUAACCUGGUGAAAGCUGUGUGGAUUCCCGAUGAGAAGGUUGUGGAGCUUGAGUCUCCAGCGGGCAAGUUCUGGCAGACGAUGGGAUUCUCUGCCAAUGGCAAGCAGUACCUUCUUCUAGAAGAGGCGCUCUACCUCAUGGAGUGUGGCAACGUGCAGGUCUUCUACCAGGACCUUCCUCUCUCCAUUCAAGACGGCUUUGAAUGGUUUCUGUCUUCCAAUACAAUCAGCCUGCAGCAGUAUCAGGUGUUUGGGCAUCUGAAGAGGCUCGGCUACGUGGUACAUAGGUUCGACGCCAGUUCGGAGACGUCACCGUACGCCAGGCAGCUUAACCUGCCGUUGUCAAAAGGCCAGAAUACGCUGAAGAGGAAGCGCAGCGACAGCCCUGUCGCAACUUGCAGUAAAUCGCAGCAGGAGUGUUCUGUGAAGAAAAAACAACUAGAACAAGGUCCAUCGCUUCCUGAGUCGAAGCCGACGGCUGAGCCCCCAGCCGAGCCCCCUGCUGGUAUGAGUGUAGGCCGGCCGUGGUGGAUAACCAACCCGCUGGCUGCUAACGAGACCAAGAAACCUACCCGUGGCCGCACUUCCCGCUGGGACGGCUCCAUCGUUUUUCCCGAUGUGGCUUUGGCACGCAAUUCCCCUGGCAGCUUUCCAUCUCCGGACCCCUCCUUGCUGCCUGACGCACUGACGGUGGGCUCUUGCAACAUCAAGCUGUGGACGAGGAAGCUCAACCAGAGGAAGGUGCAGAUGUCUGCUAAGGAUAGAGAGAGAGAGCGAAGGAAUAAAAAAUGGAACUGGAAUGUCAAAGCAAACAAACAGGUGCAACAGUGCCGAACCUGGGCCGAGUAUGAUCAAGUAAUGUCGAAGCGGCAAGAGAAAUGCGGCAGGCGACCGCAACACUUAUGGAAGAAGAAAGUCACUCCUUUACACGACCACACCCAACCUAUAUCUACCGGUGAACUACUAAACAAAAUCAGCGUAACCAAAUCCACAAAUUUGCUUGAGGGAGCGUCAAGCUUGGAACCAUCACAGGAGUGGAAGAUUUGUUUUAAUGUUUACCAGCCUGACACGGUGGCCACUUUUAAAAAGAGCAAACCGGGGAAGCCCUAUGCCCGCAUGUGCGUGUGCAGCUUCAGCGGGCCCGUUCCUGACUUGGCGGCCAUUAAACAGCUGAACUUCCAGAGCGGCGAUGUCCAGGUGGUCUUUGCUGUUGUGGAUGCCGGCGACAUCUCCUUUUACACCUUCAAAGACUUCCAACUGCCCACUGACGUGUACCCAUGAUACCUCCCUGUAUGUCUCGCAACCAAUUUCCAUUUUGAACUCUUUGGCUGCCAUCGUUGGCGAUGGACACCCAAUCAGUUUGGACUAGGAGGGCUGUCACCGAUCCCCUCCAAGUCCAAAUAGAUUGGAUGUCUAUCGGCAUCAAAAGGAGUUUAUUUAAAAAGUGGUACAGAAAAAUAAAAAGAAAUGGGUGAAAAAAACAGUGAAUCAUUUUGGGAAGCAAAGGUGUCAAUUACGUAAGUUCUAACGUUAGGCAAAAAUUUUAAUGGGGUAUUUUGUAUAUUGACUUAGUAUAUUUUAUAGUUAACUUGCUUUUAACUCAUUCACUAAUAAAGACAUAAACAUAUUUGUUUCUGAUGUUCCGUUGUCAGCUUCUAAUAACGAAAAAUAAAGAUUUUAUGACAAAAGUUCGGAAUCUAAUCUUUGUUUUGUAAAUUCUGUGUUCAUGCAGCCAUAGAAAACAAUAUUGUGUGGCGCAUCAAAGAAGUAGAUGUCUUGUGACAUAAUGUUUGGUAGUGAAUGAGUUCAUUAUUUUUAGCGAUAAAUAAGCACAUAAAUUGCAGUGAAGAAUCGCAGUAAUCAAGGCUAGCACUGUUGUACGUGGAAAAAAA